UUGAAAAGGUUUCUUCUUUCAGCCUUCAAGCUCAGUGAUUUCUUUUGUUUUAAUUUCUGGUAAUAUUUCGACGAUAUCUCAAUCUCGGAUCACGAACAAUCACAAUCUGAAUCUCCAACUAUUCAAUCUUUCAAUAUAGGGUGUCGCUUCCAAACUUAGGGUUUUCAAUACGGUUCUUGCAUGCUUGUUUCACUCAUGGAAUCGAAUAAGAAUUGCAAUUGUCAUUAAAUAAUAGGUCCACGUAUUGGCGGUGAAUGUCGAGGCUGCAUUGGGUACUAUAAAGUGGACUCAUAAUAGCGAUGUUGGGUCUUAAUCGAAUUGCCUUCAAAAUUAUUAGUUGUUUCUUUCAUUUGGCCGAGUGGCAUCCCCUAGAAUAGCAAAGUUGAUUUGGGCUUAAAAGCCCUCUUGCUUUGUCUUCUCCUUAGAUCAGGGCGGUAUUGAUUGUUUAUUGACAUAAGGGUUUGUCUAUUUGCAGCUUUUGGGAUCGUUUUUUAAUUCUUUCUGGUGGUUGGAAGUUGUAAUAGUUGCUCUAAAGUUGUUGAGAUUUUCCAUGUUUAAUAAGCGCUACCACUCUUGGGCAAGAGCUCUGGGUUGUUGUGGUUGUUUUGGGUUUUCGAAAAGGAAGCCUAAACAAUCACUGAGGCCCAUUUCUAGGUUGAAUUAUCGAAUUUCACAGGAGCUUUUGUUAGAUGAUGAAAUAGACGAUGAGGCUGAUAGUUUUUUUAAUGGUGAGGAUACCAAUACAGCACAUGGAGAUGAUGGUGAGUUGCAGAACUGUGGCAAACACUCUGAAGAAAUUUUGAGGUUAAGAGAACAGAAUGGACUGGUAUGCAGGCAAUAUCCUGUCAAGGAAACAAACAAACUUAUUCGAUCAGAGGAUGAAAAUGGGACUAAGAUGAUCAAUGAGUAUGUGCAUGAGUGCAAGAUUGGUGCUGGUAGCUAUGGUAAAGUGGUUCUGUACAGAAGCUCUAUUGAUGGGAAACAUUAUGCAAUUAAGGCCUUUCAUAAAUCUCAUUUGUUAAAGCUGCGUGUUGGUCCUUCAGAAACUGCUAUGACUGAUGUUCUUCGUGAGGUUCUAAUUAUGAAAAUGUUGGACCAUCCAAAUAUAGUCAAUCUCAUUGAGGUGAUUAAUGACCCAAACUCAGAUCAGUUCUACAUGGUUCUUGAAUAUGUGGAAGGCAAAUGGGAUUGUGGUGGUUCUGCUCCACCUGGGGCCCUUGAAGAAGAUAUUGCCAGAAAGUACUUGCGGGAUGUAGUGUCUGGGCUGAUGUACCUUCAUGAUCAUAAUGUUGUGCAUGGGGAUAUAAAACCUGAUAAUCUGUUAGUUACACGUGCUGGUACGGUGAAGAUUGGAGAUUUUAGUGUGAGCCAGGUUUUUGAGGAUGAUAAUGAUGAGCUUCGCCGUUCUCCUGGGACUCCUGUUUUUACUGCCCCUGAAUGCUGUCUGGGCCUGUCUUAUCAUGGGAAAGCUGCUGACACAUGGGCUCUGGGAGUUACUUUAUACUACAUGGUACUGGGACGAUAUCCGUUUCUUGGUGAAACACUGCAGGAUACAUAUGACAAGAUUGUUAAUAACUCGCUGGAACUUCCGAAUGAAAUUAACCCACAGCUGAGAAACUUACUGGAAGGGCUUCUUUGCAAAGAUCCAACUCAGCGAUUGAUUCUAAAGGAUGUAGCUCAGCACACUUGGGUUAUUGGGGAAGAAGGUCCAAUCCCCGAAUAUUUAUGCUGGUGCAAGCGGAAUACCCUGCAGAGGGAUAGCAUUGCGCUGCAUUCUAACUGACCAGAUUGUGUGAUUAGUUUGGAUUUCUCUUUGUACAGUGGAAAAGCUAGGUUUCGAUUUACAAUUCUGUGUUAUCGAAACUACCACCGGACAAUCUAGGCAAAUCUUGCUGAAGGCAACAAGUAAAAUUUUUUGGGGUACAAAAGAGGUUGAGUUUUCUAGAUUAACACAAUUGUGUUUCUCUACUUUUCUGAUGAAAGGAACUUAAGAUUUUGUUUGGUGAAACUGUGUGAUGUAAUGUAAUUAGAUGGCUUAAUGCAUGGGAAAGUGACUUCCAAACCACUUUCAAAAUCA